UCACAGGAUAUCUAUAUAUACUCUCCUCUUGUGCUUCCUCAACUUCCAUCAAAACUUUCAUUUCUCAUUUGGGUCUUUCCUUUCAGUUUUAUUUCUUUCUGGUGGGUGUGAUUUCAAAAAGCUAAAAAUUAUGGUUGAUCCUCAAACACCAAUCUCACCUCACCUAUAUCCACAAGCAGUUCAACUCAAACUCUAUCAAGCCUUCAUCUUCUCCAUUCCCAUCUUAUUCUCUAUCAUUCUCUUCCUCCUGUUCUAUCUUUUUUACCUUAAGAGAAGAGCUUCUGCUCUCUCCUCUCCUCCUCCGAUGAUUCUUCCUGUUUCCUCGACCCACCAGCCUUCUUCUCAUCUCACCUCGGUUUGUUUGUUAGAUGUGAAAGUAGAGCUCAAAGACAAGCUUCAUGUCGUUUUUUUCAAUGAAGAGCUAGAAACAAGAGAUUCUCUAUGUUGCGUAUGUUUGGGAGAAUUCGAGUUAAAGGAAGAGUUGGUGGAAAUGCCUUCAUGCAAACAUAUAUUUCAUCUCGAUUGUAUUCACCUUUGGCUCUAUUCUCAUACCACUUGCCCUCUCUGUCGCUCCUCUGUCUUCAUCCCUUCGACCAAAACCUCGGUGGACGACAACGACCAUCCAGACUCUUCUCAAACGUCACCGGUUUGACUCAUUGACCCGAAAGAAAUAAACAAAUACAAAUUUUGUUAGCGAGUAGAUCAUCAAUACAAAAGUUGUAAAUCUUCAAAUUUUAUUAGAUAUGAUGCAAGAGACCACAAUGUAUCACAUCACCAUUACAAAGUGGAUAUAUAUUCUGUGUCUUCUG